GAGGGGAGGGGUGGUGCAAACGAAGCCCCCCAAGUUAAACCCACUCUUGCAUUGAUCAGAACUUCAUAUCGCUUCUGGACAACAACAUACAGGCCAACGCUCUCCGCCGCUAAAAGCGAAGGGGAACCACUAGCGAGGCCGAGAUACAGGUGCUUGUCUGCGGGGAGACGCUCCUUCUGUCGCCGCCGUGAUGCUGCUCCCUGCGGGCACGCUGCUGCUGCUGCUGACCGCUCUCUCAUCCAGCGUGGAGCGGGUCAAGGCUGAGGGCUGUGGGGCAUCAUGUGGAAAAUGUGACUGCAGUGGUGUGAAAGGAGCCAAGGGUGAGCGUGGACUCCCUGGUCUUCAAGGUAAUAUGGGAUUCCCAGGAAUGCAAGGACAUGAGGGGCCACCCGGACCGAUGGGUCCCAAGGGAGAUCCCGGUCAGUUUGGGACUCCUGGAAUAAAAGGAGUCCGGGGUCCGCCUGGUCUUCCAGGAUUCCCAGGAAAUCCAGGCUUACCAGGAAUCAAUGGAAACGAUGGUCCACCGGGGCCUGCAGGCAUCCCAGGAUGCAAUGGCACUAAAGGUGAUAGAGGGCGGGACGGCAUUCCCGGCUUUGAUGGUCUUCAAGGACCACCCGGCAUCCCAGGACUUCCCGGAAUGAAGGGCGAUCCAGGUGGUGUGAUUGGAAUUAUUCCCCUAAAAGGAGACAGAGGCCUUCCUGGCACACCUGGAAUACCUGGAUCCAUGGGACCUCCUGGUCCUACUGGUCCACCAGGACCUCGGGGCUACAUAGGACCCAAAGGUGAUCCUGGCCUGCCAGGACCCCCUGGAGAGAAGGGUGACAGACUGGCCUUUGUGAGUGAGAAAGGAGAUAAGGGUGAGCCAGGGUUCCGAGGCCCACCCGGGCCCCCUGGACCCCCGUCACUGGGGGUGGAGGGUCCUGGCACAGAGUACAUUCCAGGACCACCGGGCAACAGAGGAUAUCCAGGCGAGAAGGGAGAUAAAGGCUUUUGCAAUAUAUCUCAGAAUGGCGUGAAGGGUGAACCGGGCCCACCUGGACCACUGGGCAAACCUGGCAAGGAAGGAGAGGAAGGGCGGAAGGGAGAAAAGGGCUUUCCCGGAAAUCCGGGCUACCCUGGACUACAGGGUGAAAAAGGGGAAAGAGGACCCCCAGGAUAUGCAAGUGGUGCCCCUGGUAGCCCUGGUCCUCGUGGUCUACCUGGGUUACAAGGCGAGAAAGGUUUUCCUGGUCCCCAAGGAGAGGCAGGCCCACCAGGACGGUAUCUUGAAGGCCCUCGUGGAGAGACCGGCCAAAAGGGUGACGUAGGUCAGAAAGGAGACCAGGGUUUUGAAGGCGAGUCUCUGGUUGGACCGCCGGGGCAACCAGGACCAGACGGACCCCCAGGACUUCCAGGACCCCCCGUUGACCCCAAUGAAUGCAACAUUGCUAAAGGCGCCCCGGGCCCACCCGGACCUCCAGGACUUCAAGGAGAACUGGGACAGAAAGGUGACAAAGGAGACACUUGUGUUCAGUGUGAAGGGUUCGGCCCGCCAGGGAUAGCUGGACCGCAGGGCCUUAAAGGGGAGCGAGGUCCUCCUGGUCCAGUGGGAAGCAAAGGAGACAAGGGUCAGUCAGGAGCCCCAGGGACUCCUGGAAGACCUGGCUUCAAUGGCAGUCCCGGUUUGAUUGGGGAACCAGGUGCAGUUGGAGCACCGGGUGAUAUUUUUAUCGCUCCUGGUCUGAAAGGGGACAAAGGUUUGCCCGGUCCUGCUGGUUCACCAGGACAACCAGGGCUGGAUGGGCAACCAGGGAGGGAUGGCCUUCCAGGUGUUCCAGGCCACAAAGGAGAACCUGGCAAAGACGGCAUCAAGGGUGAUCGUGGACCAAUCGGAGACCCUGGUCUUAUAGGGCCGCCUGGGGAGAGGGGUACUCCAGGUCUGCCAGGCUAUGGGCGACCUGGGGGGCCUGGCGACAAGGGAGGUCAGGGGAGUCCAGGUAUCCCUGGAUCACCUGGAGCACCUGGCGCAAAAGGUGAGCCAGGUAAAGGUGUGAGCACACCCGGACCACAAGGAGUACCUGGACCGCGAGGGGAGCCAGGCAGAGAUGGACUUCAAGGGGACAGAGGUCUCCAAGGAGACCAUGGAUUACCCGGUUUCCCUGGUCAGAAAGGUGAACAAGGGCCUCCUGGAAUUGGAUUUCCUGGCCCAACUGGUCCCAAAGGAAUCAGUGGAAUUCCAGGUGAUCCGGGAUUGCCAGGAGAGCCAGGAAGACCCGGACAGGAUGGUAUUUCUGGACAACCUGGUCCACAGGGACAAAAAGGUGAACCAGGAAUGGGGCUCCCUGGCACAAAAGGUUCACAGGGUCCUCCUGGAAUUAUUGGCUUCCCAGGAGAGAAAGGUAGCAUGGGACUGCCUGGCAUUCCUGGACAAGAAGGCGUGACAGGGCCACCAGGACCUCAGGGAGUCAAAGGUAGCAUGGGCCCUCCCGGGCCUCCUGGAGUGGUAGGGUUACCAGGUGCUCCAGGAAAGGGCUUGCCAGGUGCCCCUGGACCACAGGGACUGCCUGGAGAGCCCGGCCCAUUUGGUAGGGAAGGUGAAAAAGGAGAGAAGGGCUAUCCAGGGCCUCCUGGCCUCGACAUGCCUGGGCCUCAGGGAGAAAAAGGAGUCUCUGGCUUCCCAGGGGCCCCUGGCGUUAAAGGACUGCCAGGACCACCAGGCUUACCAGGAAGGGAUGGACUGAUAGGAAAUCAAGGUGCCAAAGGUCAAAUGGGAGUCAUGGGGACUCCAGGAUUGCCAGGAUUUUCCGGACCACCAGGUUUACCUGGAAGUCAAGGCUUGAGAGGUGAUCCUGGUGUUCCUGGUUUACGAGGACAGGUUGGAGAGACUGGAGCUAAAGGAGAGAGGGGAGAGCAAGGUCUCCAGGGACCUCCAGGGAACAUGAGCAAAGUUGACAUGGAGCAUAUGAAGGGGGAGAAGGGAGACAUUGGUGACCCAGGAAACCCUGGAGUCACAGGACAGAAAGGCUAUCGUGGACUACCGGGAGACCCUGGAAUGCCAGGCAAAAAUGGAGAACCUGGUUUACCCGGACACCCAGGUGAAAAAGGAGACACUGGGGUUCCUGGAGAACCAGGCAGUAUGGGGCCACCAGGACAGAAGGGCACAGUGGGAGAGAUGGGAAUACCAGGUCCAGUUGGUCCACAGGGUGCUAAAGGAAAUGUAGGUACACCGGGACAUCCUGGUUUCAGAGGCACGGAUGGGGAGAAAGGAGAACAGGGAUCACCUGGUGAGCCAGGUAUUGGUCUCCCAGGAUUCCCAGGAGAAAGGGGUACACCCGGCCAACCGGGAUUCCAAGGACCACAAGGGGAGAAGGGUCAGAAGGGUCAUAUAGGAACGCCUGGCAUGCCAGGACCUGAAGGAACUAAGGGAGAAAAAGGAUUCCUUGGCACUCCGGGCCAGCCAGGCAUACCUGGCGUGAAGGGUGUUCCAGGGCUACCAGGGUCUACAGGAGAGCCUGGUCGUGAUGGUCGGCCCGGUGAGGGUGGCUUGCAGGGACCACCCGGUCCUCCUGGAGAGAAAGGAGAAGCUGGUGUAGAUGGCAUCCCCGGAUCGUCAGGGGAGAGGGGCGAUGCAGGUUUACCUGGCCUAAGUAUUCCGGGACCCCCGGGAGAACUUGGUAGCAAAGGUGACAAGGGUAGUCCUGGUUUCCCCGGCACCCCAGGUUAUCCCGGCGUCCCUGGUAUCAAAGGUGACAAAGGACUUCCAGGUGUACAGGGGCGCCAGGGUGAGCCAGGACUAAUCGGACUUCCAGGAAUCUCUCUAGAGGGCCCUAAAGGAGAUCGGGGUGAUAUAGGACAAGCUGGAGAACCAGGGGAUAUUGGAGCUCCAGGACCUUCUGGUGUGCCAGGACAAGACGGCCAGAAGGGAGACAAAGGAGACCAGGGUCUGCCAGGUUUCCAGGGAGAGACAGGGCAAAAGGGUGACCCUGGAGGUCCUGGAUUCCCCGGGCAACCUGGUCUUCCAGGUGUUAAUGGUCCCAGAGGUGAGAAGGGUCUUCAUGGUGUGCCGGGCUUCCCAGGGACAAAGGGUGUUUCUGGGGACCUGGGAUUUAAGGGAGAACUUGGAGACAGAGGAUUUCCAGGAGAAAAGGGUAAUGUCGGUCCCCCUGGUCCCCCUGGCCCACAUACCUUUAUCAAAGGAGACAUUGGUCAACAGGGUACCAUAGGGUUACCAGGACCACAGGGCCCAUCUGGGUUCCCAGGACAGAAAGGACAACAAGGUGUGACUGGCAUUCCAGGGCCAAAAGGAGAUGACGGUCUCCCUGGAUAUCAUGGUCAGCCAGGAUCCAAAGGAGAACCUGGUCUACAAGGACCUCAGGGACCAAGAGGGUAUCCCGGCCCUCCAGGACCUGAUGGCGUUCCAGGACAAGUGGGACCGCCUGGCCCCUCCUCUAUGGAUCACGGGUUCUUGGUGACUCGUCACAGCCAGACAGUGGAAAUUCCAGUUUGCCCUGAAGGCACCUCACCCAUAUAUGACGGCUACUCUUUGCUCUAUGUGCAAGGCAACGAGCGCUCUCAUGGGCAGGAUCUUGGUACGGCAGGUAGCUGCCUAAGGAAGUUCAGUCCGAUGCCCUUCCUGUUCUGUAACAUCAACAACGUGUGCAACUUCGCCUCCCGUAACGACUAUUCGUACUGGCUCACUUCGCCUGAACCCAUGCCCAUGAGCAUGGCGCCCAUCACCGGGGAGAGCAUCAAACCCUUCAUCAGCAGGUGUGCGGUGUGCGAGGCCCCGGCCAUGGUGAUCGCGGUUCACAGUCAGACCAUUAUGAUCCCGCCGUGUCCUUACGGUUGGGACUCCCUGUGGAUCGGAUACUCCUUCGUCAUGCAUACCAGCGCUGGUGCUGAGGGAUCAGGCCAGGCUCUGGCCUCUCCCGGUUCCUGCUUGGAGGAGUUCCGAAGUGCGCCGUUCAUUGAAUGUCACGGUCGUGGAACCUGCAACUACUACGCUAACUCCUACAGCUUCUGGCUUGCAACCAUCGAAGACAGCGAGAUGUUUACGAAACCCGUCCCGACGACGCUAAAAGCGGGAAAUCUGCGAACCCACAUAAGCCGCUGUCAGGUGUGCAUGAAGAGGACAUAAUCGAAACAUCUGCAGCCCACCCACCCCAACGACCCCACCGCCACCUCGAACCAAUCACCGUUGCCACCCCUACUUCCCCCGACACUUGGCUUCUAAACUUCCUCUUGUCCGAGGACGGUGCUAUUUCCCUGCAUGUGUGAGAGCGGGAGAGGGACGGAGUUUGAACUUGUACAAACCGGAACAUAAAAGACGUGCUUCUUGCUCCACGUGGAACACUUUACUAACAAUGAUGGCGCCCCAUGGUUUACCGCUGCACUGAAUACAUGCCCCCCAGCCCCCAUGAACUGGUAAACUAGUGCUCAUUUUGAAGUAAGUCAGGUGCUAUUGAAUCUUACGUAUUAUGUGCUUUAUUCCAUUUUCCUCUUUAAAAGCUACUCGUUUAUAGCAUAGAAUCACACUUUUGUUUCCACACGCUGAUAUUAAGGAUGGGACUUACCACUGGCGACACCACCAUUUGCUCAGAUACUUCUAACAAGCUUCCUGUUGUAAAUAUAUUGUAUUCCCUAGUUCAGCAUACUCUCCUCAGGUUGUUAUUGAGCGUGUGUGUUAUUAAAUCCAUUUUAU